AUGACCAUUCUUAAUCGUGUACUGCACAAUAGAAGAAUUGAGAGGGGUAUUGAAACCCUAGUUUCUAUCUCUCUCUCACUCUCUCUCUCUCUCUCUUUCUUUAUCUAUGUAUCUAUCUAUCUCCGUCCAUAUCUCUAUCGAUGUGUAUUUAAGUUCAAAUUUGCGUGUAUCUAUCUAUCUAUCUAUCUAUCUAUCUAUCUAUCUAUGUAUCUAUCUAUCUAUCUCAUUCUAAUUUGCAUGCCGCUGCUCACAUCUAUCUAUCUAUCUAUCUAUCUAUCUAUCUAUCUAUCUAUCUAUCACGCAUCUAUAUACAAACACAAAUGUGCUCAGAGAAAUAAUAAUGAUUCAAGACGAAUCUGUUGUGUCGAAUAUAAGCCAUCUAUCUAUCUAUCUAUCUAUCUAUCUAUCUAUCUAUCUAUCUAUCUCCGUCAUAUUUUUUUCUAUGUCUAUUUAAAUUCAAAUUUGUGUGCACCUGGUCACAUCUAUCUAUCUAUCUAUCUAUCUAUCUAUCUAUCUAUCUAUCUAUCUAUCACGCAUCUAUAUACAAACAUAGAUAUGCUCAGAGAAAUAACUUCGUUAUUUCCAUAUAUAUACAAGGAGGUGUUAAAACUUUCUCAGCCUGGCCCACUUGCUGAAGUCUAUCUAUCUAUCUAUCUAUCUAUCUAUCUAUCUAAUUCUCUUGCAGACAUUUUCUUUUAUUCUGGCCCACUUGCUGAAGUCAAUCUAUCUAUCUAUCUAUCUAUCUAUCUAUCUAUCUAUCUAUCUAUCUAUCUAUCAGCAUAUUCAUACACCAACCAACUUCCCGAAAUCUAUCCACUCAGUCUAUACACGAUUAUCUAUCUAUCUAUCUAUCUAUCUAUCUAUCUAUCUAUCUAUCUAUUCAUAUAUCCAUUAGAUUUUCUUUUUGGCCUUUUCUCUCUUUUUUUUUUCUUUUUUUUUCUUUCUUUUUUAUUCCCAUUUUAUAAUUUGUCUUUUUCUUUUAUUCGACCAUUUCCUUUCCUCCUCUCUUCCUCUGUCUUUAUAUUUGAAUCUGUGGUCGUAGACUACACAAUCCCUAUUAUCUAUCCUUGUUGUUUCCCACGUUUCGAAAAUAAAAGCGAUACGAAUCGUAUUGAAAUACUAUUUUCUAUCUAUCUAUCUAUCUAUCUAUCUAUCUAUCUAUCUAUCUAUCUAUCUAUUUCUCUUUAUAUUUAUCUAUGCAUCUACCUAUCUCAAUGUCUGUCAGUUCAUAUCUAUCUAUUUAUCCUGCUCAUAUAUCUCUCCCUCUCUAUGUCAUUUACUCUUUUUUUUUCCCCUCUCUCUCUGUGCCUCUCGCAAGCUGAACUAAUCCACCGUAUACUUAGCCGUGCAAGAACACCACCAACUGCUUAG